UACGAUCAGUACUCAAUCGUUCAACGAUCACCACUCAAUCGUUAAAAACGGACAACUACAAAACUCAAGUUUACCUGACUCUUCAUGAUCCGGAUAAUUUCCACAGGAUUUAUGUUUUCCGUAUUCACUCUAAUAUUCAACAAAAUCGGAUAAACAUCACCUGAAAAGAACUAGAUUCUAGAACAUAGAUAAACAAAAACCAGUCGGAAAUUCAGCGCUUGAAAAAACUCCGGCUACUAGACGACCCCCAACCAAAGUGACAAAACGGCUUUUGCUAUGUAUUACCCGGACUUCAAUGGUCCCCAAGGAGAGAAACUAUGGAAGGCCGGAGAAACAAUUUUUCCUGGUCUGGACUUUCUACGGGCUCAUGCCAGCAUGUCGUCGCUCCCUCUGACGGCCAAUGGACUGGACGGCACCACCGCCCUCGGCCUCUCCCUUCAAGGUCGCGACCUCUCCGGCUCUCACCUAUCCCCGUCCAAGGGCAGCCCGCCCCACAACCGAGCCUCCCCACGGCCGGGGAGCGCCAGCACCACCCCGACCAACCUCUCCGCACCGCCCCUCAGCUCUGGACUCAACGCCCUGAACCUCAUCCAGACGCCCAAAUCUGGUCUGAAGCCGUCCAGCUACAGCUCCCCGCCCCCCAUGGCCUGCAACCCCGAGCACAACGUCUGCAAGCUCAUUGACUACAGGGGCGCCCAGGUGGCGGCCUUCAUCGUGGAGAGCAGGGAGCUGAUCUGUCUGCCCCAAGCCUUCGAGCUGUUCCUCAAGCACCUGGUCGGCGGCCUGCACACGGUGUAUACCAAGCUCAAACGGCUGGAGAUCACGCCCGUCGUCUGCAACGUCGAGCAGGUUCGAAUCCUGCGGGGACUGGGGGCGAUACAGCCCGGGGUCAACAGGUGUAAGCUCAUCUCCUGCUCGGAGUUUGACACGCUCUAUGACGACUGCACCAACUCGAACGCCCGGCCAGGCCGCCCCCCAAAACGAGUACAUUCCACUAAUCCAGUGGAUAACGACGUCCUGGAGAAACUAAAGAGACGGAAGCUGGAUAUCCCGGGGGAGUAUCCAUACGACCAGAGGUUUUACGAACGUAAACCCCUGAUGAACGGGUUCCCUCCAGUCGGGUACCCCGCGAUGCCGCAGUUCUCAAACUUCUUCAGUAUGCACCACCUGAUGCAGCCCAUGGCGAUGGCGUCACACAUCGGACUCAGGCCUGACUCGGGGGUUCCCAAACUGGAGCGGACGACCUCAGAUUCUGGCAUCAUCUCACCCAGACCACGUGACGAGAGACUGCCCAUGCUGGGGAUGUACGGGACCCCACCUGGUCUAGACCCCAGGAUCUCACACAGACCCCAAGAUGUGGAGUCAAACAAACCGCUCAAUCUGCAAGUAAACGGCCACCACAAAGACAAAGAAUCCGAAGCUUCGAGAAGUGACGAUGAUUUCGAUGAUGACAAGCUUUCUGAAGACGAAAGGCAGGCAGACGAAGAUCUAGACGACAGCUACGACAGUGAUGAGUACCACAGCAGCGACGCCCCUGACAAGCCCAGGCCCGGCUCCAACGGCAACCCCUUCGCCUCGAUGAACGGCGAGUCGGCCAUGUCCGAGUUCGAAUCCUUCGUGACCAAGUUCAACAGCGUGGUGCGGGCUUUGGUGGACGCGGCCAAGGCGGUAGAGAGGAGGGCGGCGGAGGAGAAAGAUCAGAUCAGCAUAGAGUUGAUCAAAGAGAAAGAGAAAACACAGAGACUGGAGAGAGAGAUGCAGGAUGAGAGGAAAAAACGAGAGUUUUUCCAAAGGAGGGUCCGUCGGCUGAGGAGGGCUCUAAAGCAGGAGGGGUUCUCGGAGUCGGGGAGUAAACAUAUGGAGAAGCCAGAGAGGUCAAGGUCAGAGUCUAGCCCCGAGCCUGUUCUUAGAAAUAGUCAAGAGCCGCCCCAGCAGGACAGUGACAGCGAGAAGACCCUCAACACUGCUCACUCGUCGGACCUGGAGCGAAAAACAGGUGCGGGGCAGAUCUUCCGCCAGUGGACAGGCCGACGUCUAGAAGAGAAAUGUUCGAAUCCUACGUCAACGCCCACCACGCACCCCCCACCUCUAGUCCCCUUAAGUUCUCCUACCAUUCACUCGUACCCCCCAAUGAUGUCUAAGUCACACCCCUACACACCUUCACACCAACACCUCAUUGAAACAAACUCAAGAUUUGCGCACCAGGAUUUGGUGCGGUAUGUCAGCUCAGGAAGAUCAAUCUCCCAUUAGACAGCUCGCCAUUUACUGACCACAACAAACUAUUUAUUUACUGAGAAGCGGGUCAAAACGUCGCACGAAAGGAGAGUUGUUGUGCGCAUGCGUAUAGAAAAAAAGUGAGACUGAUUAACAAGUAAAUUAACAUAAUUAAUGUAUUAGAUUAGUAGUUAUUCCAUGUGAGUAGAGUCUGGUCUAUUUAAAGCAACCAACUUAUGUUUUUAUUAUUAAAACUCAACAUGUAAAUAUUGUUUGGUUUGUGUGUAUGGGAUUGUUAAAGGAGGUUUGAAAGAAAUAUGGAAUGUAAGAGAGAUAGAGAGACAGUUGAAAAUCAAACAAAUGUAUGGUAACCUUAUAUUGAUGACUUGAUAUUGAUGACUUGAUAUUGAUGACCUAUGAUGUAUUAUUCAAUGUGCUGGAUCGAUAAUUUUAAUGCAUUGAUUUUAACGUCGCGAAUAUUUUGUGUUACAGUGUGUAUAUACUAACUUGUAUACUAUUUUUAGAAUGUGCAUCUUUCAAACAACCUUGACCUUUGAUUAGGGUCAAUUUUUCUUUGGUAUUUGUUUUUU